AUGUUAGUGGGCUUUGAUAUCCAUUCUCCGAUGAUAGUAGAAGACAGGAUCCCUAGCAUAACUCCCUGCCAGGAUAUUUUUGAACAAAUCAUUGCUUUCUCGACCAGCACAGAAGAUGACACGAUCCCCUCGCCGAGUUUCUUUUGUGACGAUAGCUGGCGAUGGAGAACGGAGAUGGACUACGGGUCUGAUGGGCAAAUGAAUGGCAAAACAAUCUUGCAGGCGUCAGGAGGUGCUACCACAUGGGCCUGGUGGUCUCCUUGGUACAAGAAGUUUCUGGGCACCGGGGCGGGUUGUGUUUAUACCGACACCGCGAGAACAUUAGGGUUCACCGUCGCCUCCGAUGCCCAGGAGGUCUACACAAUUACCAUGUGCCCAUACAUCUUCGCACAGCCUAAGAGAAAGGAUUCUCUUAGUGCUUGGCGCUCCAAGGAGAAAAUCAUUGCCGACAAUACACCACUUCGUGCAGCUGGUUCAGUGCCGGGUACGAUGAUGCAUGAGAUAGCACACCUGGUCACAAAACAUGUUGUCACCGAUGAGACCAUCGCCAGCGGGGUUAAGGCCUACUACCCUACAAACGUGGCUCGACUUGCCAUUGAAUCCAAGACGAAAGCCAUCAAGAAUGCUGAUUCCUAUGCAUGGUUUGCUACCGCUAUGUAUCUCGAUCAAUGUGACUGGUCUCGAAUGAUCUGCGCUCAGAGCACCAGCACUUCAACUGUCACUAGGCGAUCGAACAACGAAACAACCACUGAUAUGCCUAUUAUGCGAAAGACAAAUUGGCGUACGCUAUUCCCCCGUGUAUUGGCAGGAUUGCAAGGUGAUCGGAAGUAA